GGCUAGGGUGCGUCACGAUCGACCGUGUGAGUGUUUUCUAUCCUGUUUUUGGGGCAGGUUUGGAGCAGCCGUCAGCUAUUCAACGAAAAAUUGAGUUUCUGGAGGAAUUUGUGUUUUAGUCAUAGCUUGUGCCGGUUAAUACUGAUUAAAAUGGGCCGGCGAUCCAUCAAUACCACCAAGAGUGGGAAAUACAUGAAUCCUACUGAUCAAGCUCGUAAGGAAGCACGCAAGAAAGAACUCAAGAAGAACAAGAAGCAACGUCAACUGGUGAGAGCAGCCGUAUUAAAGGGCAAGGAUCCAGCCCAAAUUAUAGAGGAAAUGGAGAAGAUUGAUCAGAUGGAAUACAAUGUCAUGCAGCCACCGCCCCUCAACGAGAAAGUACUCAAAGAUAAACGGAAGAAGCUUAAGGAGACUUUAGAUCGAGUGCUGAAAAUGUAUGCCAAAGACGAUCACGAGAAGUGGGUGGAGUUGAAAGAGCAAUUGAUCCAGUACGAAAGACGAAGAAUUGACCUAGUGUCUUAUUUUGAAGCCGUGAAACAUGCACAGCAGGUUCAAGUCGAUGAAAUUCCAUUGCCAUCACCAAAUACUGACAUGUCCAGGAUAUAUCCAGGAGCUAUGACAUCUCAAAUUCCCCUGCCCGAUCUGCCCCAGCCCCCAGCUCACAUCUACCCUCCACAUUCCCACUAUAUACCUCAGCAUCAUCCGUUGAUGACCAUCCCCAUACCCCCUAGUAUUCUCAAGAAAACUAGUGUCUACUCUACUGCAGCAGCAGUGUCAACCUUGGCCCCUAGUAAAGAACCUCCUGGGGUACCUCCCUACCCGCCACCUGACAUUUCUGGUGAUGAUGAUGAAUCAUUAGAUAAGCCCACAAUCACGUCUCAAAAGUCUCGGACAAUACGCUUCGCAGAUGACAAAGAUGAGAAUAAAUUAUCCGAGAAGGAGCAAAGUUCUCAGAAGGAAAAGGGUCAGGAAAGGGAGUUGGAGAAAGUCAAGCCGACGACAUUACAACAGAAAAUGUUGGUGAUGGCUGGACAGGACAUCGAUCAGUUCAUGAGGGAGAUGGAGGUCGUCCACAAGAAGAGAGAGACCGAGAGGGCGCAGGAUCUGAAUGCUAGAUUAUCCUUACUCGAUGCUGAAACUGAAGGCAACUCCUCGAAGGUCAAUAAUGGACAGGAGAAUGAGAAGGGUGAGGGCGCUGAGUUGUCCUCUGAGGUCAAUCGAUCGUCUCAGGGUUCUCAACAGUCAACGAUACAUUUACAACAGCAGCAUGGAAUGCCACCGAUGGGCAUGCCUCCACCACCUUUGAUGUACCGUCCACCACCUCCACCUAUGCAUUUGCGCAUGCCACCUCCACCACCGCCCAGGAUGGGACUCCGACUGCCACCAGGACCGCCACCAGGAAUGCCCCGAUUACUGCGACCAGGGCCCCCCAGCAUGCCCCGCAUGCCACCGCCCCUCCAAAUGCAGAUUCACAAUCUCUCAGGCAUCCAAAAUCUGUCAAAUUCUCACAUGCAAUCUGUCACGAGUGGCAAUGCCUCUCAAACGAAGCAACCGAAUGUACUAUCAGCUGCUCCCCAGCUCAUAAACAGAAACGAAAAGGAUGGAAAGAGCUCCACAACAAUCGAGGCUAAGCCUCAGAUAAGAAAUCUAGCUGCAGAUGUUACCAGAUUUCUGCCGACAUCGCUCAGAGUCAAGCGAGAGGACAAGAAGAAAACGGGUAAUAGCAAUGUGUCCAGGGUACCGGACAGAAUACCCGAGGUCUAUACUGCCAGACCGGUACAACCCAAAACCAAGGACGAUGCAUAUAUGCAGUUUAUGCAAGAAAUGGAAGACUUGUUGUAAUGUUUCUAAUCGGGGAAUGAUUAUGAUUAGGUAGAUUUGCAUAUGAGUCGUCAAGUGAGUGAUUAUUUUUUGAAUGAAGCAUCUGAGUCAAUUGUGGCGUAUUGGAAUUCCUAAUAAAAUAAUGUUUGAAAGAGA